AUGCAUCUUCAAGGCAAGGCUCUCAUGAGCGCCAUUACCGCUGUUUGUGGUCUUGGCUUUCUUUUAUUCGGAUGCAUCAUGACAGAUGACCAAGGUGUCAUGGGAGGUGUUAUCGGAUCACCCACCUUCAAACAGCGAUUCAACGACCCUAACGCGACUCAGCAGGGUCUCAUUGUUGGCCUUUACGAUUUGGGAUGCUUGAUAGCAUCUUUGGCAACGUUCGGUUUGUCCAAGUUCCGCCGUCGUACAUGCAUUUGUGCAGGAGCAUCUAUCGUCAUCAUCGGAACCAUCCUGCAAGUCACAGCUACUACCAUAGGCCAACUCAUCGCUGGACGAAUCAUCACCGGUAUUGGAGUCGGUACAAACACUGCCAUCAUCCCUUCCUGGCAAGCCGAAGUCUCAUCCGCUCACAGCCGCGGCGCCCUCAUCACCGUCGAAGCAGCCCUCAUCAUCUUCGGCCUCGCCAUCUCGAACUGGAUCUGCUUCGGCGCGUCCCAUGCCACAAGCUCCCUCCAAUGGCAAUUUCCCAUUGCCUUCCAAUGUAUCUUCGCGCUCAGUCUCAUCUGCAUCGCUCCUUUCCUCGUCGAGUCGCCACGAUGGACUGCACAUCACGUAUCGAUCCAGAAAGCACGCGAGGUGGCUGCUCGAUUGAACGGCUCGAGUGAGGACGACCCUACAGUUUUACAAGUUAUCGGUGACAUUCAGCAGGCUUUGGAAGCAGAGGGUACUUCCAAGAGCAUGUUCGACAUCUUCAAACACGGUGGACAGCAGAACUUCCGCAGAAUGUUGCUCGGUGUUGGUGGUCUGUUUAUGCAGCAAAUGACUGGUAUCAAUGCUGUUGCAUAUUACAUGCCCGUCAUCCUCCAAGAAUACGUCGAUCUUCCUCAUGACCUUGCCUUGAUCCUCUCGGCAGCUGCAGCGGUCCAAUUCUUCAUCGUCUCUCUCGUCCCCAUCUGGGUAAUUGAAAGACUCGGUCGUCGCACAUGGAUGAUCUGGGGUGCUUUUGCUCAAAUGGUAACUCUCAUCUUCGUCGUAGCCGGCUUCAAUAUCGGAGGCCGAGGCGGAGGUAUCCUGGUAACAACCAUGUUCUUCCUUUUCUACGAUGCCUUUGCUGUCAGCUAUCUCAACAUUCCUUGGCUCUACGCCCCCGAGAUCAACAACCUACAGAUGAGAGCGCAGGGAUCAGCCUUAGCAUCUGCAUCCAAUUGGCUUUUCAACGGAAUUGUUGUUACCAUCACACCUAUCGCUUUGUCCCAGAUUAGCUGGAGAUACUGGAUUGUCUGGAUCGCCAUGAACUUUGCCUUCAUGCCACUGGUCUAUUUCUGCUACCCCGAGACACAGGGUCUUUCACUGGAAAAGAUUGACAACAUCUUCGCUGGCGAUGUUGGGCAUGGCUUUGGCGCUUUGACCCAAGGUGUCCGUGAGAGUGCAGUCAUGAUUCGAGGUGAGCAUGUUGCCCCACCGUCUACCAGCGGUGAUGAGGAGAAGGGUAAAGAUAUAGCACAAGCGACGCAUCGAGAAAGUUCUAUCUAA